CGUAAAAAGUAAAUUGUGUAUAAGGAAGUUGUCCAGCUUUCAAACCACGAGUGAGAAGUACUGCUGUAUUUUUAGACUUAACCAGUUAAACUAAUAGAUCAAGAGAGUGGGGCUCUGCUGAGUUGGGGCAGGGCUGCAGGACAGCGUGACUGAAUGGCCGAAGGUUCUGUUACUGACACUCUGGAACUUAAUCCAGACACACCGGAGUUUAUUCCACGUGCGGCACAGAUCCAGCAUCGGUCCAAGAGAGGUCGGCCACGUUCAGACGCCGUGCGGAAUCGUAGCGAUCAUCAUACAGGCCAGCACUUUCAACAAGCCUUCUCCUUUAACGCUAAUCAUGAAGGUGGAAAGCCUCCUGUACAAGAAAACUGGACAAGACCUUCUGAUAGCUAUCACUCUCCCCAAGGAGAUGACGGCAGGAGAGGGAGAGGAAGACCAGGUAGAGGCAGAGGUGGAGGAGGAGGCAGAGGAAACGGUUAUGGAAAUGUAGGUGAGAGUGAAGGCAACCACACUGGUCGAGGACGUGCAAGGGGCCAAAAUCCAAGAUGGCACAAGCCAGGGAAUGGUAGAGGACACUUUAAUCGGAAUCAGGGUGACAUCCCAGCCUUUAUGCCAGAAAUGCCUCCUAAUGUUCAGUCUGGCAUAGAAGAACCACGCUGGCAGAAGCCUUCAGUGGUCCCUAACAACACAGGGAUGAGAAGCGAGGAGCUCCGCGACACGCGUCCAAAAAAGCCUCGGAAGUUCAACCAAGAACCCAGGAGAGGUCGUGCAGAGAAAGGUGCGAGAGGACCCCUUCCAAGAGAACGGAACGAGAACCAGGAGAACUGUGACUCUGGAAGGAGCUGGUCCCCGGCAGAGCCUCUAGAACCAAGACCCAACUCGGACGAAGAUUCCGAGUCUCGGAACCACAAGAGCUGGAGAGCCCCCAACAGGAAUCCCCCAGGUGAGACCAGGAGGAAGCCUGCAGACCUUCGCCACUCUAGGGACAACUGGAGGGAGCAUCAGCCAGCAGACAGGGAGACGCGGAGAGAAGACAAAGGCCCGAGAGUGGCCUCACCCCCUAGGAGCCCCCUCCCUAAUCCAGAGGAGCCCAGCUGGAGGGCUGGAACAGGGAGAGCUCAGGGCAGGCGAACACCACUGCAGGACAGGGGCCAGAGGCACACAGGGGGACCGAACCCUAGAGCUGGUCACAGGAGGCAUAUGGAUCAUGUGCCCAAGAGCAAAGAGACUCAGACAGGCUGUCUGAUCGAGCAGCUGACUGAGGAGAAGUAUGAGUGCAUGGUGUGCUGCGAGGUGAUCCGCGUCAUGGCCCCUGUCUGGAGCUGCCAGAACUGCUUCCAUGUCUUCCACCUCAACUGCAUUAAGAAGUGGGCUCGCUCGCCUGCCUCGCAGGGUGACGAUGGAAGUGAGGGAUGGAGGUGUCCCGCAUGCCAGCACGUGGCCUUCCGAGCUCCGAACUCCUACACAUGCUUCUGUGGCAAAGUGACCAACCCGGAAUGGCAGCGCAGUGAGAUCCCGCACAGCUGUGGUGAUAUGUGUGGAAAGAAGAGGAGUGGAGCAAACUGCAAUCAUCCCUGCAACAUCCUCUGCCAUCCAGGACCCUGUCCACAAUGCCCAGCUGUCGUGUCCAAGUCAUGCACAUGUGGGAAAACCAGCCAGCUGGUACGUUGUAGCCAGACGGUGGCCAUUCGCUGCGAGGAGGUGUGCAGUGCUGCGCUGAACUGCACUGAGCACACCUGUGCCCAGGUGUGUCACAGCGGGCCCUGUCAACCCUGCCAGCUCCGGGUCCAGCAAGUGUGCUACUGUGGUGUGGUGUUGAGAGAGGUUCCCUGCGGGACCGAUAAGGAACACUUUGACGGUUCUGGACACUUCUCUUGUCAGAAGCCCUGUGGAAAGAUGUUGGACUGCCAGAGGCACCGGUGCCAGCAGACGUGCCACACUGGGCCGUGCCAGUCAUGCCCGCUCUCGCCCCGCCUGGUGCGCACCUGCCCCUGCGGCCAGACGGCGCUCAGCAAGCUGCUGGAGCUGGGCUACGCAGAGAGGCGCUGCUGUGAGGACCCAAUACCUUCCUGUGGCAAGACCUGUGGGAAACCUCUGCCCUGCGGCUCCACCGACAUCAUUCACAUGUGUGAGAAGCUGUGCCACGAGGGCGCAUGUGGGCCUUGCUCCCUCACUUCCAGCAUCAAAUGCCGCUGCGGCUCCAAGGCCAAGGAGGUCCCCUGCUCAAGUAUCCAAACAGAAGAUGAUAUGAGUUUUGCCUGUGAUAAAAAGUGCAACAAGAAGCGCUCCUGUGGCAGACACAAGUGUGGGGAAUUGUGCUGUGUGGACAUAGAACAUAAGUGUUCUCUGAUCUGCGGCUAUAAACUCAACUGUGGUCUGCAUCGCUGCCAGGAGCCCUGUCACCGUGGCAACUGCCAACCCUGCUGGCAAACUAGUUUCGAUGAGCUGACGUGCCAUUGUGGAGAGACUGUCCUGUACCCGCCUAUCCCCUGUGGCACCAAACCACCCGAGUGCAAGAACCCCUGUGCCCGGCGGCAUGACUGUGACCACCCAGUUUUCCACAACUGCCACAGUGAGGAGAAGUGCCCGCCCUGCACCUACCUCAUGAAGAAGUGGUGUAUGGGCAUGCAUGAGCAAAGGAGCAACAUCCCGUGCCACCUGCAGGAAAUCUCCUGUGGCCUUCCCUGCAACAAGCUGCUGCCCUGCGGCUCCCACCACUGCAAACGCAUUUGCCACCGCGGCGAGUGUCAUGCCGAGGGCGAGGCGUGCCGCCAGCCCUGCGUCAUCCCCCGGCCUGAGUGCCAGCACCCCUGCACCGCGCCCUGUCACCAUGGCAAGCCCUGCCCGCGCAACACCUGCACCACCAAGGUAACAGUGCAGUGUGACUGCGGGCGAAAGAAGGAGACAGUCUCAUGCACAGAGGCAGCCAGCUCUUACCAGAGGUAUGCUGCUAUUGCAAUGGCAAGCAAGUUGUCAGACAUGCAGCUGGGAGAAUCAGUGGAUAUUGGGCAGCUUAUCCCCAAGAAAGAGUCCAAACAGGCCAGGUUGGAAUGCGAUGAGGAGUGUGCCACGCAGGAAAGGAACAAGCGAUUGGCUGAAGCCCUGCAGAUCGACCAGUCGGUUGAUCCUUUUAACACUAGAUCCACUUCCAAGUACAGCGAUUCUCUCAAGGACGACGCCAGAAAAGAAUUCAAGUUCGUCAGUGAAGUUGAACGAGAAAUCAAAAACCUAGUUGAACUGGCAAGCAAGGGCAAGCAGCCCAAGCGGAGCCACUGUUUCCCGCCCAUGAGUAGGGAACACCGGCGCAUUGUUCACGAGCUGGCCGAGGUGUAUGCCGUAGAGAGUGUCAGCUACGACAGUGAACCCAAACGCAACGUGGUCAUCACUGCCAUCAGGGGGAAGUCUGCCUGCCCGAACUCCACCCUGACCGCGUUGAUCGAGAGGGAGACCAGCGGCAGGGCCCCUCCCCCCAUCGCCCACAUCAAGCAGCACGGCAGCAAGAAUGAGACUAGCAUUAGCUGGCUCAAACCAACAAAAGAAGAGCCUGCCAUCGAUUACUUUGAUGUCCAGGACUGACCGGAAGCCAGAACUGGCCAGCCAAAGUGACGGCUACUCGGUAGAAACCAGGAAAGUCAACGUGCACCAAUCCACUGCCUGCUCUGGUCAUGGUCACUUCUACGAUACCGGCACACCAGCAGAUACUAUACUCCCUUGUAUUAGGAGCUCCGUCAGCGAACUAACCCAUUUGAUUCAUUGAUUGAUUGACUCCUCUCAUUUCUGAAUUUAGUGAAAGUGUGCUCUGAGAUUGCUAGGUCUGACAUGGAUGCCAGUAGAGGUUUUUAUCCACUCUUUCUUUUUUUGACUGAAAACUUUGUCAGUUGAGAAUGCAAGGGCAUUCAUGUGGUCCUUUAUCAGUUGGUGCAGUGUAGUGGAAACUUAAUCAAAUGACCAUCCCCUUAGAAUUACAGUAAAUAAUCAGCAAACAGUCACAGAAAGGCUACAUUUCAUUCACUUAACACAAAGCCUCAUGCUUUGUUUUCACUCUGUAAACGAAAAAAGUCUCGAGGGACCUAGUUAUUAAGCUCUUGAAUGUUGCCGCAUGUCUAAUUAUUAUGCAAUUACCCGUGGAGGGCUUCUCUGGUGAGUAAUCAAAGGUUUUGCCAAGAGUGACCACUAGAUGGUGGUAAGGAGAUGCAACGAGUGUUCCCUGCUGUAAAUGAGUUACAUCUGUAAACUACAUAUAAAAGCAAUUCUUGAAAGUGU